GCCUCGCCUCCACCUCCAGCCGCCGGCCUCCGGCAUCGGCGGCGGGUCGUCCCGGCGCCCGCCACGGCCGUGAACAUGGCCGCGCGCCCCGCCGCCCCCCUGGCCUGGGCGCUGCUGCUCGUCUCCUGGGCUCUGCUCCGUGGCGGCUGCAGGGCGCGCUUCGCCGCGGAGGCGGACCCCGAGGACGACGAAGAGGAGGCAGUGGUUUUCCCGGAGUCGUCCCUACAGCGACCCACGGUGCUGGUGGCCAUCCUCGCGCGCAACGCUGCGCACUCGCUGCCUCACUUCCUCGGCUGCCUGGAGCGGCUGGAUUACCCCAAGAGCCGGAUGGCCAUCUGGGCAGCCACUGAUCACAAUGUGGAUAACACAACAGAAAUACUCAGGGAGUGGUUGAAGAACGUGCAGAGAGCCUAUCACUAUGUGGAGUGGAGGCCUAUGGAUGAACCUGAGUCUUAUCCUGAUGAGAUUGGACCAAAGCACUGGCCCGGUUCCCGUUUUGCUCAUGUGAUGAAACUACGACAAGCGGCCCUUCGAACUGCGAGGGAAAAAUGGUCAGACUACAUUCUGUUCAUAGAUGUUGACAACUUCCUGACGAAUCCGCAGACCCUCAGUCUAUUGAUGGCAGAAAACAAAACCAUUGUGGCCCCCAUGCUGGAGUCCCGGGGCCUGUACUCCAAUUUCUGGUGCGGAAUCACACCUCAGGGCUUCUAUAAACGGACUCCAGACUAUCUUCAGAUUAGGGAAUGGAAGAGGUUGGGCUGCUUUCCCGUCCCCAUGGUCCACUCCACGUUCCUAAUUGACCUCAGGAAGGAAGCCUCUGACAAGCUGAUGUUCUACCCCCCGCACCAGGACUAUACCUGGACCUUUGAUGACAUCAUCGUCUUUGCUUUCUCCAGCAGGCAAGCAGGCAUCCAAAUGUACCUCUGCAACACAGAGCACUACGGCUACCUGCCCAUCCCCCUGAAGCCCCAUCAGACGCUGCAGGAGGACCUCGAGAACCUCAUCCAUGUGCAGAUAGAAGCAAUGAUCGACCAUCCUCCAAUGGAACCAUCUCAGUUUGUCUCAGUUGUCCCUAAAUAUCCAGACAAGAUGGGAUUUGAUGAGAUUUUCAUGAUUAACCUCAAGCGUAGAAAGGACAGGCGGGACCGGAUGUUACGCACACUCUACGAGCAGGAGAUUGCGGUCAAGAUUGUCGAGGCUGUGGAUGGAAAGGCACUCAACACAAGUCAGCUGAAGGCCCUGAAUAUCGAAAUGCUGCCUGGAUAUCGAGAUCCCUACUCUUCCAGGCCUCUAACCAGGGGUGAAAUUGGCUGCUUCCUUAGCCAUUACUCUAUCUGGAAAGAGGUAAUUGACCGAGAGCUGGAGAAGACUCUUGUUAUUGAGGAUGAUGUGCGUUUUGAACAUCAGUUUAAGAAAAAGCUGAUGAAGCUGAUGGAUGACAUUGACCGUGUUCAGCUGGACUGGGAACUGAUUUAUAUUGGUAGGAAGCGGAUGCAAGUGAAGGAGCCAGAGAAAGCCGUGCCUAACGUGGCAAACCUGGUUGAGGCUGACUAUUCCUAUUGGACGCUGGGCUACGUCAUCUCUCUAGAGGGAGCACAGAAGCUGGUUGGGGCCGAUCCUUUUGGGAAGAUGCUACCAGUGGAUGAGUUUCUGCCCAUCAUGUACAACAAGCAUCCUGUCGCUGAGUACAUGGAGCACUACGAGUCCAGGGACCUGAAGGCCUUCUCCGCAGAACCCUUGCUCAUCUACCCGACACACUACACAGGCCAGCCGGGGUAUCUGAGUGACACGGAGACCUCCACCAUCUGGGACAAUGAGACUGUGGCCACCGACUGGGACAGGACACACGCCUGGAAGUCCCGGAAGCAAGGCCGCAUCCACCGCAAUGCCAAGAACACAGAGGCCCUGCCACCGCCAGCCUCUCUGGACACCGCGCCCUCGAGAGAUGAGCUGUGAGGUCUCCCUGGGGGCUCACCAGCCUUCGGCGUUCCCAGCGGGCUGCUCAUCUGUGUGCUCCAGCUUCUUCCCCGGGUCACCGUCCUCUCACCAGAGGGGUCUAAUGUCAUUGAUCAAAAUGCCUAUGUUGUUGACAGAGGAGGAGAAUCGGGAAAUUAAACCCGGAUUUCCCAGGAUGGCAAGAAGACAGGCUCUCCCGCCACCGUCAAGGUGACCUUCAGUCCAGACACCUCGUUCUUCAGUCAUGACAGAUACUGGUUCCCACAUCCAGGUUGAACAGUGUGGCUCAGAGACGCUUCCGAGGGAAAGUGGCCACCACGCUGUCCCAGCAAUAAAUGGGCAGGCCAGGCAGCCAAGCCAAGGGGACCACAUCUCUUGGCCUCCUGGGCCCAUUUUGUGUCCUGGAUGUACCUUGAAUACUUGAGUAUGGUCCACGUUUGGGGGUGGGGAGGGGUGGAAUCAAAUCAUUGAAAGUCACGUUCAUUGGGCUUUUUUCUUUAAAGGCACUUGCCAUGAGCCUGACUGCCAAGGGAGUUUUCCAUCUUUGUCCUGGUCGUCCAGUUGGGAUGGGCAUUUGGGUCUGUCUGAGACUUGGCCUUUGGCCCUGGUGGCGGUUGAAGCUCUCUUGCAGGAGGUGCCCAGUUUGCCAUGUGGACAUCAUCCCGUGGAUGUUGAAGGGUCUGUGUCGCUAUUUGAGGAAGACACUCAAACUUUGUCCUUCUUUGUUGUGGUCACUUGAGUUGGGCUGCUUUAUUUAUGAAGAUAAAUUUAAUAUAUAAGGGGCCGGGGCUGGUGUGUCCUUGCUGCCCCUGGGGGUUUCGUGUGCUGCCACAGCACGUCAGGCUCCCCUCCACCCUGAGCCUGGGAAGAACUGCAGGUGUCUUAUGAGUCACUGUUAAGAGGCGGAACACAUUUUCCAGCCAGCACCUGUUUUUGCGUGGGCUUUUCAUUGUUUUUUUGAAUUAUUUAUUUUACAACCCCGGUGAGGGGAGGGGGUGGGGGGGGAUGCCUGCAGGAUAAGGCAGAGAAAUGGACAUGUCAGGCUUUCACUGCCCCCCCCCCACACCCCAGGGAGCCGUCAGUGUAGACACAUUGGUUCCAGAAUCUGGUUCUCCUGCAUUUCCCAACCCAACCCUUAGAGGGAGGCCUGUUGGGUGGGAGAUUCUCAGCUUCUGGAAACAAAUGAUUCUCCACUUCGGGCAGGGACCUUAGAUAGAAACGAGAGAUUGAUCGACUGAUGGCAGCCAACCACCAGGGAAGCUCUUGGAGUCGGGAUACUUGGCAGACCACCUCUUUGCUGUCUUCAUAAGUGGAUUUUAUGUAGCAUGCGGAGUUGGACUGCAUCCUCUCUUGCGGCUCCCCAGUCUGUUCUUCAGAUGUCUCAUGAUGGUUUGCUUUAGGUUUAUAUUCUAAUGCCCCUGAGCAGGAAAACCUUGGUCUCUAAAAAAUGCCCCGGCCCCCCACCCCCAAGCAUCCCACUCACACCUGCUCCUCUAUCAGGGUCCUCAGUCUGGGGCUCUGCAGACCCAGCAAACCUGAGCUUCUUGCUUUGGAACAGGGCCCACAGGAGGCCUUGCCAGGUGUACCAAGCUGAUGGCUCCCCAGGCUGCGGGACAACCAGGCAGCAUCCUUCUGCAGAUGACCAGCCUCCUUCCUGACUUAUGGUUGGUUCUUCUGCGUGGACCAAUAAGCCAGGAGACUAAGGGAAGGGAAACUCGGCCAACUCUGAUUUUUAUUGCUUAGACCUGGCUGGCAGAACUUUACUCGUUUUUCUAGAAAAACAGCCUCUGGGGAGCCGGUGAAAAACCCUUAGGUGACCCCUAAGAUUUCCUUGGAUAUUUUAUCCUUCGUUUGCAAAUUUGAGUGUGUGCAAGUGUGCAUGAAUUUCAUGAUUUUUUUUUUAAUGGGGUGGGAGGUGGCUGAGGCCUGGGGAAUGGAGGAAAAUAGAAUUCAUUUUUGUGUGGUUUUGCUUAGUAGAAACAUUGGUGGUGUUUUGUUUUGUUUUGUUUUUUCUUUUUCCCUGUCAGCUGGUCUGGUGGGUUUAUGAAUUCUCAUUCUUAAAAGAUACUGUUGAGAAAUGCUAGAAUUUUAGAUUAGGAGUUUUCUACUGUGAAUAAAGUUCUGGCUCUGUUA